AUGCUGAAGAUCAAUGUGGAGAGCAGCAGAUCAAAAAGAGUUGUACAAGUAUUCCACAGGGACGGUCAAUGUGGUGAAGCCCAGCACCACAUUCCGGGUCGAUCCGGGAAUUUUGGGGAAUUCAUGGUGACAAUAGGGCUGGGCACACCAGAGACCAAAGUCACUCUCUAUAUCAACACUCACAGCGACCUGUCCUUUCUCCAAUGCCAACCCUGCCAACCCUGCCACCCACAAUACGGCUCAGUAUUCAACCCUAAAAAAUCCACUUCAUAUUCCACCAUCCCCUACAAUUCCCCUCAAUGCUCAAUGGUCAAAACCGAAUUUCCUACUAUCUCCUCCCCAACCGGCACCUGCAUCUACAACGGUAGCUACAACAACACUAUCUACAACAUGGGAUACUUGAGCAAAGACAAACUUACCACAGCCCAUCGGCAGAGUUUCGCGGAUUUCAUCUUUGGUUGCAGCCAAUUCGUAGAUGAAUAUGACCUUGCAGCCGGAGUUUUGUCCCUCGGCAGAGGAAACAACAUCUCUUUCGUUCACCAAACUGCCACUAAGUACGAUGGUCGUUUCUCCUACUGCCUGCCCACUACCGGAUCCUCCAAUGGUUUUCUAGCAUUCGGAAAAGAUAGUGCAGAUGACAACCUUACCAAAUUCACCCCUCUAGUUACUAAUACAGACUACCCCAUAAAAUACUUUGUCGACAUUAUAUCCAUAGCGGUCGGCGGCCGUACCCUAAACAUAUGCCCGAGUGUUUUCGGAAAGCCCGGCAACACCCAAAUAGAUUCAAUCGCUCGCUACACCUCCUUGCAGCCGAAAGCAUACAAGGCAUUGAGCCUCGAGUUUAAGCGGCAGAUGAUAAAAAACUACGGCUACAAGAAAGCACCAGCAUUUCAUGGUAUCCUGGAUACUUGUUUUCUUACCACGGGACAUGACAACAUCACUGCGCCUACAGUGUCCUUCACUUUUAGCGGAAACGUUGAGGUUCAUCUGCAAGUUUCUCAAACACUUUAUGCCAUAAACUCAGAUCAAUCCUGCCUUACUUUUGUCGCAAACACUGACCCUACCGAUUAUGCUAUAUUCGGAACCACUCAACAAAGGACAUUCGAGGUGGUGUUUGACGUCGGCAGAGAGAAAUUAGGAUUUCGGCCCAACAGCUGCACUUGA